UAGAUGUCAAGAUAAAUACGCAAAACAUAAAGGAGAGUCACAGCAACAUCCAGAGAUGCUGUAGCAUCAUGAAUGAUUAUAAAAGAAUAGCAUUAAAGGAGAAUACCAGUGUAAAAUUGACUUUUGGUGUAGUAAAACAUGAUACAGAGGAACUAACCUUUGUCGAAUAGCCCACCUCCGUUCUUCUGCAGCUUUCCCAGAUCCAGAAAUUCUUUGCAGUUUGUCUAAACAGGCUGGAAUGGGUUUAAAAUGGGCAUAUUUAGCCCCUGCAGAUAAAUCGCUUACAGCCAGCAUAACAGAGGAGAAGGCAAAGGGAGAAGAAUACAUAGUGGUGGAUAAGCAGCAACUUGAGAGACGUGUCCAUGAUGAGCUACGCGGAAAAACCUGAGGAGAUCACAAAGGAGGAGUGGAUGGAAAAACUGAACAAUGUGCACAUUCAGAGAGCAGACAUGAACCGCCUCAUCAUGAACUAUUUAGUAACAGAGGGGUUUAAGGAGGCUGCAGAGAAGUUCAGGAUGGAGUCAGGCAUCGAGCCUAGCGUGGAUCUGGACUCGCUAGAUGAAAGGAUAAAGAUCAGAGAGAUGAUUCUGAAAGGACAGAUUCAGGAGGCCAUCUCCCUCAUCAACAGUCUUCAUCCAGAGCUCCUGGACACCAACCGUUACCUGUACUUCCACCUUCAGCAGCAGCAUCUGAUUGAACUGAUCCGUCUGCGGGAGACGGAGGCCGCACUAGAGUUUGCGCAGUCGCAGCUGGCUGAACAGGGCGAGGAGAGCAGGGAGUGUCUGACUGAGAUGGAGAGAACUUUAGCCCUGCUGGCUUUUGACAACCCUGAAGAGUCACCUUUCGGAGACCUCCUGAACAUGAUGCAGCGACAGAAGGUUUGGAGUGAGGUGAACCAGGCAGUGCUAGACUAUGAGAACAGAGAGUCGACGCCGAAACUGGCAAAGCUCCUGAAGCUCUUGUUAUGGGCGCAGAACGAACUGGACCAGAAAAAAGUCAAAUAUCCCAAAAUGACAGACCUGAGCAAGGGCACGAUCGAGGACCCAAAGUAGAAAUUGACAAACAUGGACACCAAUGCUCCCCCCCCCUCCUUAUUUAUAAGCGGUCAGUGACUGGACCAUAUAUGUAAAUCAUAUAUAUGAAAAUGAAUGAAACUUUUUUUUUUUUUCCUUUUUUUUUUAUUUUGUUGUUUUUGAUGCGCAUACAAGAGAAGUAACCUAAUCGACUGUACUUAUAUGGUAUUAUUUUUUAAAAGCAUAUAUGCUAAUCAAGUAAUUAUAACAAGCAUUCAGACAUGUCCAAAGUGUCAUUUGCUGUCCACCCAUUUGCAGAUUGCUGCAUAGUUUAGUAUUUGUGGAUAUCCACCAUGUUUUGAUUUUAUUUUUUAAGUACUGACUGGUGGUUUUUUUUCCCAAUUUUAUUUUACUCUCAUUUCAUGUAUAUUGUAUUAUUUUAUUUUAUUUUAUUUUUUUUUUUUUAAUGCCUAAAUUAGGCCAUAGGUUAGACGGGUAAAAUCAGCUAAUGGUUUUGAAGAAAGUGUUUAGCUUUAAAAUCUGUUUUUUGUAUGUGAGCGUUUCAGAAGUGUGGGACUGGCUUUGGUGAUGUUGGGUUUGGUUGGUGGAAAAUGCCACUGAACUUGUCUUUGUGUUUUUGACUGGUUU